UAUUUAAAUAACAAAAAAAAUGCCACGUCGGACACCCUUUUUAGUCAAAUUUUCAACAACAAAAACUAAAAGCUUUGCCACUAUUAUUAGUUACGACUAUCUUAAACUUCACUAUAAGAGGAAAGGACCUAUCUACAAUACCACAACAACUCUCUCACAAACCAUUUUCUUCCCCUCAAAAAUCUUCAACAAUAAUGAGCCAACCUUCAUCCUCAAAUUCAGUCACCGGCUUCCUUAACUUCCUCGGCAGAGAGCUUGACAAUCUCGGCCGUCUCUUUCUCUCUCAGAACUUCAUGUCGCUCGAUUUUCUUUCCCACGCCCUCUCGACCCUUCGCUCCUUCCACUCCAAGCUCAUCGUCUUGGUCAAAAAACUAAAGCUACGAGUCGGAGAAAAAUGGCUCGACGAGUACAUGGACGAGACCUCCCGCCUUUGGGACGCUUGCCACGUCAUCAAGUCGGGUGUUUCGAACAUGGAGAGCUACUACUCGACCGGCUCCGGCUUAGCCGCCUUUCUCGACGACCACCGUGUCCUAAACUCCCGGAUUUUUCGACAGGUGACUCGUGCGAUCAACCGAUGCCAACGGGAGUUGAUCCCGUUGCAACAAGAGAACAAGAGCAUAGCCGAGACAAAAGUCGAGUCCCUAACGCUCGGAAUCUACCGAGAAACGAAGCUCCAUAGAUACAACGGGUUUCAAGGGGCACUACACGCGAUGAUGAGCGUUGACACAUUGCUCCUCGUGAUAUUGGUAAGCGGGCUCGUCUACUUUUUGCCCGAGACGAGCUUAUUCGCCCUAGAAAACGGGCAACACGAAGAUAUCUUGAUGAGCUCGUUCAAUGGCUCGGGUUUCGUGGCCUCGAGUGCGAAUCUGCGACGGAGAAUGGCAGACGCGGUUGGUUACCUCGGGAUGGAGGCGGGGGUGGCUCUUUUCGAGUUCCGGGCAGCAAAGUUUGCGUUGGACGAGCUGAAAAUGGCGAUCGAGGGUGUGGAUGUCGGGUAUGAGAACGAAAUUGGUAUCGAUAUAGACGAAAGAGUUGAGAACUUGAAAAAUUGUUUCGGGGUUUUGCAGUGUGGGGUGGAGGGGAUAAUCGGGCAGCUCGAUGAUUUCUUCGACGAGAUAGUCGAGGGUAGGAGGAAGCUUUCGGACAUGUGUUCUAAUGGGUAGGGAGAGGAAGGUGAAGGAAAUCAUGUGAAGUGCAAUGCAAGAUAUGUUAGAUAGAAUGUUGUNCUUUUGUUAUAGACUUAUAGUUUUUAAUUUUCUUUUGGAUUAUUUAAUU